GGAGGGGGGAUAGAGUCACCCUUACGGAGGCGUCGGCGUCGCGACGAAGAUAUCAGUUUGGCGGUGCGUCUGCUCGUGGAAACUUGUUGCGAGAGGGGUGUGCAGCGCCCCCGCGGUCAUUCGGCGAGUUACGCCUCCCCGGUUACGUGUUGCUUGGUCGUCGUGUUUGUUUGUUUCUUCGGUCGCAGGUGACGUGGGCGAGAUUAAGAGCUAAAGAGGUUUUAUGAGCGGGUGUGAGGAGCUGGAGUGAGGCGGUGGCUAGCGAGGAGAGUGCUUAACAAGUUUCGGCACUAAUACUUCUCCUCCAACAUGGACGAUAUCAACUUCGCCGCUCAAUGCCUGGUCCAGAUGUCCUACAGCCGCCAUCAUCACCCCUACCUCCCCUUAGACCUCUCCAACGCCAAAGACCAUGACACCAUCACUCCUACAACGACCAAAAACCUUGACGACGACGAUAACGAAAUGAAAAACUCAAAAUCCUCCUCAUAUAUGGUGGCGCGCAUCCUUACAGACCUGAACAGUAUCAAACAGGAACCAGUACCGGAAGUGGAAGUACCUUCGGAAGACACAGAGAACCAGGGGACUCGCGUGAACUUUUCUAACGACAAUAAAACGAAAAUUGAACAGGAGAGGAGAAAAGAUCUGUCGAAAAAAUUGUCGAAAAAAGUGUCGGUUGUGGCGGUGCAUUUGAACAGGAGUAAAGUGGAGAAGAAACUGCUGAAUUCGCGGGAGAAGUUGUUCGGGGUUAAAAAAGCUACGGUGGGGAGGUCACAGGGUGGACAGAGGUAUGGGAUGUCCAUGAGGAAAGUGCACAAAUGUUCGUACGAAGGGUGUUACAAGGCUUAUGGGAAGAGUUCGCAUUUAAAAGCGCACCUCAGAACGCAUACAGGCGAAAAACCGUUCCCGUGCGAGUGGACGGGCUGUGGGAAGAAGUUCGCGCGGUCCGACGAGCUGGCCAGGCACACCCGCACCCACACCGGCGAGAAAAACUUCGCGUGUCCAGUCUGCAACAAGAAAUUUAUGAGGAGCGAUCAUUUGACCAAACAUGCAAGAAGACACCCGGAUUUCGACGCCUCGGUACUAAGACAGAGGCGUGCGCCCAACCGGACCUUUUCCAUCAACUCCAGCGAUGGUACGCCCUCGGAAGUACUGUCAGACUCAGCGCCUAGUCCCUAGACUUACGCAAAAUAUCCACUUAUUAUUUAACGUACAUGUUGUGUAAAUAGGAAAAAAUAUAU